AUGUGGUCUUUACUGGGAUUCACGGAGGAGACCCCUCCUGCGGAGUCGCCCCAAACCACGGGAUCGCCUGACCCGCCGACGCCCGCGGGUCACGACGUCCCACCGACGCCCUCUGCAACAGAGAAAAUCGGUCCAGUCAUGGCAAGCUCGGCAGCUCCAGAAACCAAGACUGAUGCGCCUGCGGAAACGCCUCUGGCCACUCCGACGUCUGGUGGAUUUUGGUCUCUGUGGGGCGAUUCGGCCUCGAGCCAGCCUGCAACGGCGGCAGAUGCACAGGCGCUCGCUUCGUCAGCUUCUCCAGAGACAGGAGUCUCUGGAGACGCUCGAUCAGAGACUCCUAGCUCGCCUGAUGCACCGACGGAUGCUUCUGGGGCCGGCGAGUCGGGUCGAGACGAGAAGGAGAAAAAGAAGAAAAAGAAGGAAAAAGUGGAGGGAGACGAGGCAACUGAGAAGAAAAAGAAGAAGGAAAAGGUGGAGGAAGGAGACGAGGCAACUGAGAAGAAAAAGAAGAAGGAAAAGGUGGAGGAAGGAGACGAGGCAACUGAGAAGAAAAAGAAGAAGGAAAAAGUGGAGGAAGGAGACGAGGCAACUGAGAAGAAAAAGAAGAAGGAAAAAGUGGAGGAAGGAGACGAGGCAACUGAGAAGAAAAAGAAGAAAGACGGGAGCGACGGCUCGCCUUCGAAGCCUGUGUCGAGCAGUGAUGUUGACUCAUUUCGUGCCCGCCUCGAGCAGUUAGACCAGGAGAAGAAGGCGAAGAAGAUGGAGGAGAAGAAAAAGAAAGAGGAAGAGAAACGGAGGAGGGAGGAUGAGAAGCAAAGGAUGAUGGCAGAGAAGAAGAAGGCGGAAGAAGAGAAGCAGAAGAGGAAGGAGCGAGAGCGCGAGGAGAAAGAGCGGAAGAAGAAGGAGAAGGAAGCGGCAACGAGGGCCGAGCUCGAGAGGCUAGCGGAGGAGCUGAAGAGAACACAAGAGCUGGCGGAAGCGGUAGAGAAACAGAAUGAAGAGCGGAGACACAAGAAAGGCCGCCGAUCAGGAGGCAGCAGUUCCGGCGGGUCCUCGUCCCCAGACCGUCUCAGCCAGAGUCGUCGCGAGGUGUCCGAGGAGCGGCGAAAGGCACGGGAAGAGAGAGAGAAGAAGCGCCGAGAAGAGCAAGCCGGACUUGAGGAGCUGCUUCAGUUGACGGAACGCGAGUUGACAGACACCGCUCGCAGUCUGCAGGAUUCUAUUGAACGGCAGAUAAGGGAACGUGAAGAACUGGAAAGACUGCGCCAAGAACAAGCGGAUCGAGAGAUGGAAAUCCGACACCUGGCGCAAGAGGCGGCUAGGGCGCUGGAGGCGCACCAGCACGCCGCGCGCGCAGCUGGUCCUCCUCCGCCUCCUGCUGGUGCGACUAUAAAGAAGCAGCCUCCCGGAGGCCCGCCGGGGGGCUCCGCGAAAGGCCCAUCGUCCGCUCCAACCGGCUUGCGAGAACGCAGCUUCAUGCUGGCGAUGCUCAAGCGAGACUUGGUUCCCUCUUUGCCGCCGCCGGAGCCCGUGGAGCCAGCGCGGUUGCCUGCGUCGGCACCUGGGGAGGUUUCCGGCCUAAAAGAUUUGUCAGGCAAGAAGGGAAAGGCGCAGCAUGGCGACGAGGAGGUUUCCACGGCGAAGCAAAAGGGAGCGGCGACGCUGAAGAAGGCCGGCCAUGCACAAGCAGAGGCGGGUUUCACCCAGGGAACCGGGAAAAUGCUGUGUCCCACUCUGGCGAAGCGAGAAGACACGGCGGUGAGUGACGAGGAGCUGGAGGCUCAGUGCAUUCAACAGCACGUGAUUUUUCGAGGCCCGGCCUUCCGCGCCUUCCACGAGUUGGUCAGGGCGACGAAAGAGAUCGACCGCCUCAAGCAAGAGGCGGAAGCUGCAGCAAAAGAGAAGGAAGAAGAGAUCGGGACCCUGAAAGUUCGGAUGGAAAGUCUGUUGGACAGACAAACCAGGACCAUCGAAGCGCAGUUCGAGAGGUCUUCGGCGAUCCGACAUGCUGUGAACAUUCUUGACCUCCUUUACAAAGCGACCCAAUUUCGCAAGAAGACGCUGGUUUUUUCCAAAAUGAAAAGAGCUGCCGCAGCUGCAGGCGCACAGGGGACUGCUGCCAUAGGGCCUGCAGUCCGCGGUCGACUCGGCAGCUCUGCAAAGUUCACCGGCACAGGCCUGCGCAUGCUCUGCGGGGUUCUGCAGCGCCACCUACGAGCUGCGUGGGUGCAGUGGAUCCGAUACGUGGAGGCGGCGACCAAAGGCGAGCGAGAAGCUUCAGAGGGGAUACGCGUGGUACAAGAUGGAAUGACCGCGCAAGCUAUCAUGGCCUUCCGCGAGAUAGAGCAGGAGGCGGAUGCGCUGAAGCAAUACACCUCCGAAGAAAAGCGAAAGCUGGCCGAGGAGGCAAGACGCCUCGAGCGGUGGCGGCGUCAACUCGCAGCCAUGCACGAUGCGGUUAUUCGCUUACGAGAGAAUGAGCCUGAGCGUCAAGAUUCCGGGGUAGGAGAAAUGAAGGCUCGAGCUGAACGCAGCAGCAUGCGGCAGGCAUACUCACGGAAGCUGGACCUCAUGGAAGAGAAGUUUCAAGCUCCGGAUGUGCUAACGCGGCUGAACGCUCUCGUUCACAGUGAAAUGCGUCUUCUAGGGUUGCGGGCAUCGUACCGGUGGUCGGGCCUUGGUGGGAGCGGGGGUUCUGACCAUUUGCGCUUGGACGAAACACCAAACAUCGGUCUGUUUAGAUCUGUACCUCCUUCCUUUCAAACGCAGAAUAUGCAACCCGGCAGGCGAUUCAUGUACAGAGAAUCGAGUGGAAGUUGCUCUUCUGAAGAACGUCUUUCCUCGUUUCUUGAGUCGAAAAAAACAUCUGAUGACGGGUCAAGUCACUAUGCACGGGACCAUCAUUUGCGAGGCCGCCCGAGGCGUCGGCGGCCUUCCCCGGAAGACAGUGGGGACGAUUCUACGCCCGCGACGGAGUCGGAUACCUCCAGUGUAUCGUCACGCUCUAGCGGCUCUACCGCAAGUAGCGGCUCGAUCUCGAAUGCAGGAAGUCAUGGAACCCGUUCCCCAUCAAAUUCGGAGAAGAACGGCGCCACCGGUGGGCGGUCUCCGUAUCGGGAGGAUCUCGGCGAGGGCCGAAUAAAGGGCCAUGCGCGUGAAGCGGGGCAGGCAGUGAAAGAGGAGACGACAAGGCGGAGCGCAGGUGACGGAAAGCGUGGAGAGCGGGACGAAGAACGAGAGAAACCGCCUGGAACCGCGACGGAGACGCAUGAUUCUGUCCCUGUGGCAGGCAAGAUGGACCUUCAAAGAAUGCCUAGCGCUGUAAAAGCACCGAGGAGCGGGCCGUCAAGCACUGGAGAACCUGCGAGCAAAGCGGUGAGCUCAACCAAAGGAACAUCACACGCGUGCCGCAUAGUGAAAACGAAACCGAAACCGCCGCCUCCCUCUAGCGCCUCUGGGGUUACCGCGGGUUUAGGAGCCCAGCAAAGACAAAUUCAGACGGCAGACAGCUUGGAGAUGAGUCAGGACGGUUCUGCGGGAAAAAACCCAUCCACGCUUAGCACACGCUCUGGAGAAGAGCCAGAGGGGAAAGGUUCACCGGCCAGGUCAAAAAUCAUUUUUGCAGACGUAAAGGAUACACACGCAGCUACAAAAGCCAAGUCCGCUAUUGAGGCAAAGAUGCAGAUGGAGAGAGACAAGAAACGAACUGCAACCAUCGUUGUUGGCUCUGGCCCACCAAACCUGGUGCCGAAGACACUAGUGAACGUGACAGGCAGCAAACCAAACCCCAAGCAAUAG